CAUGUUUUAAAACGUGCACCAAAUAGAUUUGACUUUUAUCUGAAAAAGCACAUAACAGUAAAGUGAGAGAUUGAGAAAUUCUAUAUACUACUGCGAAUAAAACUCUCAGAACCUUCUUUUCUCAACUUCAUCGUAGUCAAAUGCUAAACAUUGAACUUCACGCGCCUUAUGCAAAAUUUUGCCGCGAGAUGGAGAGUUUUUGUCCAGAAUGCAUGCGUUCCGGCUUUUCAGUACCUUUAUUAAAAGUCAAAUCAUCUUCUGGUUCAAUAAAUGGAAUCUGCUCCUCAAAUAAGUGUUCAUACCCAUUUUCAGCAUACUCUGAUCUACAGUUAUCACUUUGUAGAGGUGUAGAUGAUCGUGCAUCCGAAGAAUCUCAGACGGUUCGUGGUUUUCUUGACGAACUGUUUGGUAUGGACGUCAAAAGUGGGGACGAUGAAAGUUCGUUCAAAGGUGUCGACUCCUCCCACCCUUUCGAUUUAAUGCAACCAGAUGUUUGCGACAGUUCUCCGGUUGACAGUCUCUUCCAAAACAACUAUAUGCUUCCAAGAUACUUGGCAGAUGACAUGAAAAGAAUUUUAAGUGAAGAUUUAUCCUAUUCAAAACGUUCACAAUUCCAAACUACGAAAUCGAAAGUUCCAAAUAUUUCAUUCUCACAGCCUGUAAAUGCAGCUGAAAUCAUCUACCCUUCUCUUGUCGGCGCUCCAAACCUCCCAAUAAACAAUGACGCUCUUCAUACUUUGGGAAUACCAUCAUCAAGUCAUCUUCGUAUUUUUGACGGCUAUAUAUGUGUUUAUGAUCGUCGCAACAGAAUUCCAUAUUGGGUAAUGGAACAUUUAAACCCUGCUAAACUACAUCAAGAUGAUAUUGAUAAGGCUGGAGUAGAGCGUAAGGAUUUCGAUUUCUAUGAAGAUCUUGGUGAAAUUGAAAUGUUUCGUUCUACUAACAAAGAUUAUUUGAACUCUGGAUAUGAUCGUGGUCAUCUGGCCGCUGCAGGAAAUCAUCGCACUAGCCAUUCAGCUAUGGGACAGACUUUUAUAUUAAGCAAUAUUGCACCUCAAGUUGGGUAUGGUUUCAAUCGGCAUGGUUGGAAUAGCCUAGAAAAGUAUAUCCGUGCGGUUGCAAGAAAGUCACACAAUAUGGUUGUUAUUACAGGACCAUUGUUUCUACCUCAAAAUGUAAAUGGCAAGAAAAUAGUGACUUAUGAAGUAAUUGGUAACAAUAAUAUUGCAGUUCCAACUCAUUUCUUCAAAGUGGCAGCUAUUCAAAAUAAACCAAACGGGGAAUGGCAUAAAGUAGCUUGGGUAAUGCCAAAUAUUCGUUUACCGGAACAAAUAAAAGUGGAUGGUUUUAAAGUUCCUGUUGAAAGUGUUGAGAGUGCCUCAGGUUGGAAAUUUUUCCCUAAACUUAAAUCUUAG